AUGUCACGCUUCGCUGUCGUUAGUUCGUGUCAAAGCGAUGGUUAUCCUGUGAAGUUGCCCAGCAAUAGCAAUUCGGGAAGCAGUACUAACACUAACGAAAGCAGCAGCACUGACACUAAUGGAAGCAGCAGCAACUCUAAUGGCAGCAGCAAUGACACUAAUGGAAGCAGCAGUAACUCUAAUGGCAGCAAUUUGGGAAAUAGUAACAACUCAUCAUCAAGCAAUGCAAGCAACCAAAACUCAUCAUCAAACAGUACACUCAGCACAGGCGCUAUUGUUGGCAUAGCUAGUGGAGGUACUAUUUUAUUAGGGUUUGUUGCCGCAGCACUGACAGUUUAUUACAAAUGGUUGCAGGUUAAAAAAUUAAAAAAUGAGCAAAUCAGCAAUAAAAACAAACCGGAUCCCAAGCCUGUAUGA